AUGCCUUCCUUCGCUCAGACCCUGACCUGGGCCGUGGCCGCCGCCGCUCUGGCCGUCGCCACCCCCGUCGACACCAAGGUCGGCACCCUCACCCUGAACCAGGCGCGCAACCCCAACUUUGUCACAAAGUCGGGUGUUCACGCCAUGGCCAAGGUCUUCCGCAAGUAUGGAAAGCCGCUUCCUGAGAACCUCGCGGCUGCUCUGGCCAACACGACCGUCACCCGCCGUGACGGUAGUGUCACUACCACUCCCGAGUCGGACGACACCGAGUACCUCACUCCCGUUCAGAUCGGUACCCCUGCCGUCACCCUGAACCUCGACUUCGACACUGGCUCUUCGGACCUGUGGGUCUUCAGCUCUGAUCUGUCGGCCAGUCUUCGGUCCGGUCACUCUUACUACACUCCCAGCAAGAGCAGCACCUCCUCCAAGCUUUCAGGUCAGACCUGGAGCAUCCAGUACGGCGACGGCAGCGGUGCCUCUGGUAACGUCUACAGCGACGUUGUCAGCAUCGGUGGCGUCAAGUUCGCCACCCAGGCUGUCGAGACCGCCUCCAAGAUCUCGACCCAGUUCACCCAGGACACCAACAACGACGGUCUGGUCGGUCUUGCCUUCAGCUCCAUCAACACUGUUUCGCCGAAACAGCAGAAGACCUUCUUCGACAACGUCAAGAACAGUCUCACCAAGCCCAUCAUCGGUGUUGACCUGAAAGCCGGCGCCCCUGGCUCGUACGACUUUGGCUUUGCCAACUCGAACAGCUACACUGGCUCCAUCGCCUACGUUUCCGUCGACAACUCGCAGGGCUUCUGGUCCUUCACCGCCAACGGAUACUCUGUCGGCAGCAAGUCGAGCAGCACCAAGCUGACCGGUAUUGCUGACACCGGCACCACUCUCCUCCUCCUUCCCACCUCUGUCGUCAAGGCCUACUACAGCCAGGUCUCCGGCGCCAGCAACUCGGCCAGCGAGGGUGGUUACAUCUUCAAGUGCAGCACCACCCUCCCCGAUUUCUCCUUCAACGUUGGCAGCAACACCAUCACCAUCCCCGGCAGCCUUAUGAACUACGCACCCAUUUCGGACGGCUCCUCCACCUGCUUCGGCGGUCUUCAGGCCGACACCGACAUUGGUCUGUCCAUCUUUGGUGACAUUGCCCUCAAGGCUGCUUACGUUGUCUUUGACAACUCUGCCACGCCCCGCCUGGGCUGGGCCAACAAGAACUUGUAA